CUUCCAACAAGUCCAUAUAACAGUUCAGCAAGCCAACGAACACAUCCAGACAAUCCAGCAAGCAAGCCUCCUCACAGCCGGUGGCUCGUCUAUAAUCUUCCUCUCCGUACAUACCUCUUCCCGCCACGAUGCAGUCCCCCAACGCGCCGGAGCACCCGGCGCACAUCGUCCGCAUCCCACACUUCCUCUUCAUCAUGCGGCUGGUGCAAAUUUUCCUGAGCGUGGUGAUCCUGGCGCUGAUGGCCUUCGCCAUAACCCAACUGACCAACGUCUUCGGCACCUUCGGCUACAACAUCUUCUGCUGCAUCUACAACUUCAUCGGUGUCGGCUACCUCCUCGUCAGCGUGGCCCGUGCCCCGCGGAUAUGGAACUGUUGGGCCGCCCUGGUCAUCGAUAUCUUCGGCGUGAUAUUCUGGAUCUCCGCGUGGGGUUCCCUCGCCGGCUGGGCUGCCCUCGGGAAUAUCGCCUACGAUUCCAGUGCGCUGGAUCUGUGCCGCCACUAUUCGAAGACCGACCAGAGGAAGUGUAAUGGACGCAAGGGAGCGUGGCAGGCGAGCGCGGCGACGGCUGGAUUGGGCGCGAUUGUUUGGGUUCUCUUUGUGGUCCACUUGAUCGUCUACUCCAUCCAUCUCCACCGCCACCGCACCGCGCCUGAGACUAAGCAUCUGCCUUCUUCCGGCCGUGCGCUGACCGAGGAGGAGAAGGGCGCCGAGAUGAAUGUGGUUUCGCCCCAAGGGGUUUACUCCGCCUAGUUUAAUGAUGAUACUGGAGGAUGGUGCUGUGAGGAGGGCGGCAGCGGUGGUGGUGGUUAUGUUACCAAAUGUCUUUUGUUUUCAACUUUUUCUUUGUGACAUACUCGGAAUAAUCCGAUGGCGGGUAGGUUAUUUGGAAGGGCGUGGCA